AUGUCAAGCAGCCUUACUCCAAUCGGUCACCUGUGGCCGGCACUCUCUUUAAUCAUCGCAAUUGCUGCUGCAGUUGGAUUCUACUGUCCGUAUUGGAUAUGUGGUGAACUGGUGCACGACCAGCUAGCGAUUCCAGCAUCGUUCAAUUCGUUUCGAAGAUGCAACUAUCCGACAGUGGCAGGAAGCAUGGGUCGUCGGGAGAUCAGCCUCCAGUGCUCGCGAUACGCAACAUUCAGCGACAUCCCAACCAUAUGGUGGAAGAUGGCAACGGUGAUCAUAGCCACGGCGAUCGUAUUCGCCUUUCUGCUCGCCAUCGUCGCCAUGCCUGCCUAUUUCACCCACGAUGUCAUCACGCAUACUGGGGCGCAAUUGAUCGGCGUUCUGCAGAUGAUAUCAGAUCUGAGUAUUUGCCCUUUGGACCAUUCUAGCCCAGUACCUCUUACCAACUUGACCGCUGUUAGGAUCUCAGAAGAGACGAAGAUUUUGAUUGAGAAGCAGAGGAGGAUGAAGAAAGAUGGUGCCGACACUCCGGAGCAUCUCUCUUCUCCGCAUGCUCAUUUGGCAGAAGCUGAAGGAGGACUUCGGACACGAGAACUGGGAGAACAACCGAAGGCCGCAAAAGCCUCAGACAAUGCAGGAGAGAGUUAG